AUGCAUGACCAGCCAGUAGCAUGGACUAUAGCCAUUCACCACGUGCAGCGUGAAAUCGUGAUGAUCCGUGUGCACGUGCAAUACCAUCCCAGUCAAAUGCCGGACACCAGUCAACCGGCUUUUGCUAUGCGAGGGCCCUGGUCUCGGGCGACAGUGCUCCGAGCAGCGCCAAACGUUUUUAUUCAUUUGCAAUUCGCGGUUCGUGGUAGCAGGGGAGAGAAUGGACUGCAGCCAACGGCUCAGGUCAGGGUCUUUGGCGCUGGCUUGACAAGAUCGGUCGAGUGUUUGCGCAUUUUCCCGGCCGUAGUUCGCGUCUUGCCUAUUCUCGCCACCUGUGACGCUGCAGCCUUUUUUGUCAUCGAGGGGCUCCGAGGGGCUCCACCAACCCGCCCAGAAGCAGCUCCCAACAUUCAGCAGCACUGCUCCUGCACACAAACACACCCUUCAUAUACUUUGCCCUACUCCCCCCUUUUCAACACAAGAAACCCACCCAGUACUGCCACUGGCACCACUGUCGUCGCCGACUCUGGUGACUUUGCCACGAUCAAGAAGUACCAGCCCCAGGAUGCCACGACCAACCCCUCGCUCAUCCUCGCCGCCUCAAAAAAGGAGGAGUAUGCCAAGCUGAUCGAUGCUGCUGUUGAGUACGGCAAGAAGCGUGGAGGCAAGAACAUUGAAGAACAGGUCGAGGCUACAUUGGAUAACCUCCUGGUACAAUUCGGCAAGGAAAUUCUCCAGAUCGUCCCUGGCAAGGUGUCUACAGAAGUAGACGCCCGCUUCUCGUUCGACACCAAGGCUUCAGUCGAGAAGGCCCUGCACAUCAUCGAGCUGUACAAGGAGGUCGGCAUCUCAAAAGACCGCGUCCUGAUCAAGAUCGCGUCGACAUGGGAGGGCAUCAAGGCCGCCGAGAUCCUCCAGCGUGACCACGGCAUCAACACGAACCUGACGCUCAUGUUCUCGCAAGUCCAGGCCAUUGCCGCUGCCGAAGCUGGCGCAUUCCUCAUCUCACCUUUUGUCGGCCGCAUUCUCGACUGGUACAAGGCAUCGACGAAGAAGGAGUACAAGAAGGAAGAGGACCCUGGUGUCAAGAGCGUCCAGCAAAUCUUCAACUACUACAAGAAGCACGGCUACAAGACCAUUGUCAUGGGUGCCUCGUUCCGCAGCGUUGGUGAGGUGACGGAGCUCGCUGGAUGCGACUACCUCACGAUUGCCCCCAACCUGCUCGAGGAGCUCUACAACUCCAACGAGGACGUACCCCAGAAGCUCAUCGCCGAGGAUGCCACCAAGCUCGACAUUCCGAAGAAGAGCUACAUCAACAACGAGCCCGACUUCCGCUUCUACUUCAACGAGGACCAGAUGGCCGUGGAGAAGCUGCGCGAGGGCAUUUCGAAGUUUGCGGCUGAUGCCGUUACCCUCAAGGACAUUCUGCGCAAGAAGAUUCAGGGUUAG